ACAUUACGAGGCCAAAGAAAGUAUCGCCUGGCUGGGCCGCGUAUUUCGCGUUCGUCGCUCGCCGAGUCCACACGUGCUGCUCUGGUCUCGAACCGCUCUGGUCAGAUCGAUCUUGUGCGAGAAGAACGGACAGCGGAGAGUCGCUCCGCAAGAUCGUAGAACUUCCAUAAACGAAUCUGAGUCCGUUCGCGGUUGGAGAAUCGCGAUCAGAAUCGUGAUUCGAGUCGAGUAUCUGAUACCGAUUCAUUUUCGGCCAAGAAGAAACCAAACUCACCAGCCAACCUCAAGCAGUGCAACCUAGUGUCAGUGCAUAUAUUUUUUUUGUUGUUGUGCUUGUUUUUGCUGCCUUUUUGCUGCCGAUUACCGUUACUUGCACAAAUCUCCAAAUCGCAAGGUGUGCAAGUGAGUGAGAGCUAUAACGAAAAGAAAGAGUUAGAGCGAGAAAAGGAGUAGAAGAGUCUUCAGAGUGAACCGGAAUUUCAAAGUCACUGGAAUACGGAAAACUAAGGAAUUCCACAGAGUGUGCUACGGAAACUAAAGAUACGCAUUAUAUUGCGUAUUGAACUUGAGAAGAUUUGAUUCGUUUCGAUUGCCACUUCCACAGAACCAAUAUGUGGAGUCCACAGAAGGGCCCUACACGACUGUGGGACCUUAGGUUUAGUAGCUGUAUAUUUAUCUUACACCUAAUGUUUAGUUUAGUCAUAGCUGGUAAUGAACUGUGGCCCAUGGACCGGCCCGACGGGAUGCCCAACAUCGUUUCCCUGGAGGUGAUGUGUGGCAAGGAUCACAUGGACGUGCACCUCACCUUUUCGAACCCGUUCGAGGGCAUUGUCAGCUCCAAAGGACAACAUAGCGAUCCGCGUUGCGUUUAUGUGCCGCCCUCGACGGGCAAGACGUUCUUCUCGUUCCGCAUUUCGUACUCCCGGUGCGGCACUAAGCCGGAUCUAAACGGACAGUUCUACGAGAAUACGGUGGUAGUGCAGUACGACAAGGACCUCUUGGAGGUGUGGGACGAGGCGAAGCGACUGCGCUGCGAGUGGUUCAACGAUUACGAGAAGACCGCCUCCAAGCCACCCAUGGUGAUCGCCGAUUUGGACGUCAUCCAGCUGGACUUCCGAGGUGACAAUGUGGACUGCUGGAUGGAGAUACAGCAUGGCAAGGGACCCUGGGCACCGCCAGUGAGUGGAAUUGUUCCACUAGGCUCCACCCUGACCCUCGUGGUGGCCAUCAACGACUAUCGUGGUGAAUUCGACAUGCGCGUCAAGUCCUGUGUGGCCUCGGAUGGAUCUGGGCAUGUGAUCAACCUCUCGGAUGAGUUCGGGUGUGUGCUGCGUCCCAAGAUGAUCUCCCGCUUCCUAAAGGCCCGUGCUCCCGACGAGAGGGCCACCGUGAUCACGUACGCCUUCUUCCACGCCUUCAAGUUCCCGGACGCCCUGAGUGUGCACAUCAAGUGCAAGGUGGAGAUCUGUCGCCACGGCUGCCUGGAUCACUGCCAGAACUCGGGUGUGGCCGGAGCAGGAUCCGGCGAGGGGCUGGGCCACGGACUGGGCCAUGGACUGGGACUGACGAAUGCCAAUGAGCGCAAGGACGUCCACAUAUCGGAUGCGAUGGGCAGCAGCAGCAACGACCUCCUCCGGGACCUGGCUCUGCCACCAGGAGGCGGGCAUGGAAUGGGCCUGGACCACGACAUCUUCUACGAGGACAUCAUACACGACCACAAGCAGACCCUGGGCGGCGGCAUGCCAGCAGUUGGGGACUAUGGCCACGAGAAGAACGGCCACCUGCAGCCCAGACCCGUGCACGAGGAUCAGGAGGAGGCCGACCUCUCCGACCUCUUUGGCGACGAGGACCUGGCCGACCUGGACAUGGAGGGUGGCGAGGGAGAACGCUACUUGGGCCUGAAGAAGAGUGGCAAGUUCCCGCACGGACCCCGCCAGCUGGAGGCCCAGAAGCGGAUGGGAGUGCCCAUGGCGGGACCUCGCUCCCUGGAGCCGCACAACCACGAAGAGGAUGUCCCGCGUCCCGUCUACAGACCGCAGGCGGAGGCCCUGAAACAGCCGCGCGAAGAUCACAUUGACCUGGACCAGGAGGAGGAGGAGGAGGAGAAGUCCGCCAAGGAUGGCAAGAAUGCCAAGGAGAAGGAGGAGGAUACCGAAACGAAGAAGACAUCCGGAAACCAGUCCACCCACAGUCGCCGCCGUCGCUCUCUGGUCAUUUCCGAUCGCAAGGUGCGCAGCGCCGACGUGGGAGUCAGCGGGCUGUACGACGUCAUCUCCGAGGCGGACCUGGCCUUCUCGCCGGACUCGAAGCAGGAGGCGGUGACCGUCUUCCAGGGCAAGAUCAGCGAGGAGGUCGUCUACGGCAUCUGCAUGCCCGUGCCGGGCUUCAGCAUCCUGUUCAUCGUGGUCAUCUCGGCGACGAUUGUGUCCGCCCUGGUGGCCGGUUCCCUCUUAUACCGAUACCAGCUGCAGAAGGAGGCGCUCGACAAGCAGACACCCAUGCCGGUGCCGGGUACCCUGGCCUCCUGGAUGACCCUGCGCCUCUUCCGGCUGCGGCACAUGCAACAGCAACAGCAACAGCAGCAGCAACAACAGCAGCAGCAGCAGCAACAGGUCCGGCAGUCGACUUCAGGACACGAAACGGUCCAGUGAUCCUGAUGAUCUAGGGACAUCCGAAUCGUUGCCCAUGUCGAUGAUGCCUUCCAAUUAUUAUCUAUUUAUUAUGAUUAUUGUUUUUUUUCUGGGUUGUUUGUUCAGGAGAUCAGGAAGCUAUCAGAGAUCAGAGAUCAGAGAUCGGGCAACAAUGCAAUACUCCAACUGCUCCGAACUGCUCCCUUCAAGAUUCGUUUUGGUGCUGAAUGUUUUACGAAUUAUUAACUAAUUUUUUUUUUUUGUAACCUUGUAAUUUUGUAAUUUUUGUUUUGGUGCAUUUAGUCGUAAAAUUUGCUUAAAAAGUUUAACAAACAAACAAAAAGACAAACAAAACACACAAAGAGAGAGAGACACAAAUAUUCGGAGCCUAUCUGGCUGCCACUUUCGGUUGGAAUUUGCGAGUCCUGGAUCUUGUUUUAAACCUAAUCUUAAAUAUUUUUUGAAAAACAAACUUUAACUUAUUAUUGGACUUAAUUUUUGGACUAAAUUAAUUAAUUCCAGACUCGCUUAUCCUGGCCCGGAGUGGGGGCGGGAUCAGGACCGACAAGGACGACUCCUGGCAGGUGCUCAAGGUUAGGGAGACGGAUCGAUUUCGAUCGGCUAGGCCUAAGGGAACUUAUUUAUUUAUACACAACAACAUAUAUAUAUAAAAAGCUACAUAUAGCUCUAUAUAUAUAUUCUAUAUCGUACGAUGUUAUUUUUAAGCAGAGCGGAUUGGAAAUUUCAAAUUUAACUUUUUAGUAACUUGUUUUGUUUUUUUUUUUGCGUUUUUCGGCAUCGAAACUUAUUUAGGGGAAAAUUUAGUUAAAUUAUACCGCAUAUACAAUCAUCUAGUAAAUUUUCACAGCCACCCCACCCACCCACACUUCCUACACUCAUGCCCACACA